AUGAAACCACCCGCCAACCCUCCCGGCAUUAUUGAAGCCCUCUCACCUACAGAAACAGCCAAACUCCAAAUCCAAACCCUCUACGCAGCAAUAACAGAAGCCCACAAUGCUCGACAAUACAACCGCAAUGAAGAACCUUGGUAUUCUGCGAUGACGUGCUCUCCCAAUCUACAAAUCGAAGUUGCAUACGGUAGUCGUUCACACGUGAGUAUUGACGAAUACCUCGAAACGGGGAAAGUCCUAUUUGGUGGAAAUCCAAAUUUAUUUGUGGAAGUUACGAAUCUGGAGAUUGAUGUCUGGAUUGGAGAUGGGAGGAAGAGACAAGGGGGAAUGCAAGAAUGGUCUGCGACUGUUUGGGCACAGCAGGCUUUGAGGGAUGGGGAAGUGGGGUUGGUGAGGAGGAGUGUGGUGAUUGCGGAGUUUAGGAAAGAUGGGAAUGAUGAUGCAGAGGGCGGAGGAAUUGGGGAGUUGGGGUGGGAAGGAUGGAGGUGUGUUAGUUUUAGAAAUAUCAAAGGGAUGGAUGAUGGGGUCGGGUUGUAA